AUGAACGCUGAAUCUGCAUCAUCAAGCCGUUAUGCACCCUACAAGGACUCGGUUGAAGAUGAUGAACCUUUGGGGAUCCAACGAGAAGAUGUUACGGUCACCUAUGCACAAGAUUUUGGUUACGCGGAUAUUCAUCAUGGGUUGUAUGGGUCGAUUAUGACUUGUAUCGGUGACGUACUUGGAUUUUUUGGUUCGAUUCCAUGCUGCUGUUGUUGUCCAAAUCCCUAUCAGCGUGUGGGUCAAGGCAGCGUUGGUUUGAUCUCACGCUUUGGUAAAUGUUAUAAGAUUGUGGACCCAGGACUUGCCCAGAUCAACCCUGUCACCGAAUCUAUCAAGCGUGUUGAUAUGACCAUCCAAAUCACCGAAGUACCCAAGCAAGAAGUCAUGACACGCGACAAUGUAUCCUUGGGAUUAGAAUCGGUCUUGUAUUGGCGAGUGGUUGCACCUUACGAAGCCGAAUAUGGUAUAGCCAAUGUGUUGGUUGCAUUGGUGGAAAGAGCUCGCACCGUCCUUCGUAACGUAUGUGGUCAUCACACGCUGCAAGAUAUUAUCGAAAACCGGGAUGCCAUUUCUCGUGAAAUUCGUGCCAACAUUACACCUUUUACUGAUAAAUGGGGUGUCGAGGUCGAAGCGACAUUGAUCAAGGAUCUUGACAUUUCUUCUGAUCUUCAAAAGUCCUUAUCAUCGGCAGCACAAGCCAAACGUAUUGGUGAAUCGCGUGUCAUUGCUUCUGAAGCCGAAGUUGAAUCCGCCAAAUUGAUGCGUGAAGCAGCCGAUAUUCUCAACACGCCAGCUGCUAUGCAGAUUCGUUAUCUCGAAACCCUUUCAAGCAUGAGUCGUUCAGGUCAAGGUCCAAAGACCAUUUUCAUGCCCAUGCCUAGUCACCAACACCAGGAUGAACCAUCGUCUUCCUCCUCCACUUAA